UAAUCACCAGGUUUUCAUUUUGUUAAGCUGUAUAACUAUAAGUGAUUAUUAGACACCUAUUGCUUAGAUUAUAUUUAUAAUUUUUCUAUUUUUGGAGCCUUGUGUUAUAUUAUGUGUUUAUUUUUUUAUGGUAAGAGAGAUAGGUAAGAAGUAAAUUUGAUUUAGGUAUAAUUGGAUAUUACAUAAUGAUGUUGCGAUUUUUUUGUAGUAUUUUUUAGGUGCUAGUUGUCUAACUUUAUAUUUGUUUUGAAAAAUAAGCCAUUUAAUACAAAAGUAAAUUCAAAUUAUGUUUUAGAGGCUCUUAUAAUGUUCGGAAUAGCAGCUUGUAUUUACAAUUUAAUAAUUUUGGUUGGAGAGGGUGAAAUAAAUUUUGUUACAAUUCUUGUUUUGUCAAUUUCGAUCAUCAUUAUGGCUAUAUCAGGAUUAAUUUUUAUAUAUGUUUUAAAUUAAAUCUUUGAAGGGAGAGUAAGGCUGUAUAAUAUUAUGAAUAGUUUUCUGUAAAGGUCAACCAAGUUUUUGGAAUGGCGAACGUUUUUAAUUUCGGACUUUUGUUCCCUUGUAACUUUUGA